AUAAGAACAUAUUUCAAACAGGUAGGACUGAGGUGUAAGAAGCUCAUGGCUGUAAUUCAUUUUAUUCAUAAUUGACUGAUUUAAGUAAAUAAUGGUUGUGUUAUAAUAUGAAAAGGAAAGACAAUGACAUAGGAAAAUACCACACGGUGGCAGCAAUGCGACAUAACUGAUGGCAGCUGCCCUUAAACUGCUCAGAAGAAGAAGACGAAGAAGAACCGGAUGUUGUUCUUUUACCAAAAUGGCGUCUGAAGUCCGUAGACGCAGCGGAGUCUCUUUCUUUGUGUUAAGAAAGUGUGUGUUGUGCUCCAUCGGAGCCUCUGUAUGUCCAGAUAAACCUGUCUGAAUGGACCUUGUGCUGUUCACCUUUUCUUUCUGGAUGUUUUACUUCUGACUCAUCUCCCGGUAGAAUACAAAUACAUUCAUGUUAGCUGGUUAGCACCGCGGCGCUAGUCAGAAACAAACUGACUGUUUGGUGGAGAGCAAACUGUGUUUGUGUGGAGAAAAAGUUAUUGUCACUGUGUAAAAAAAAUGACCAAAGUCGAAACGGUGAGAGCGCUGGUGGAGCAGCGACUGACUGCGGCUGCUGAAGAGAUAUUUGGUCUGUUUGAAAGAACGAUAGCAGAGUACGAGGAGCAACUUUGUCGUUCAAAAGAGAAGAACGAGCGACAACAGAAACUACUGGACGCUGUUUACAACCCUCAGCUUCAGUUACACAGAGCAGACGUCCAGCAGCUGUUGGUGGUGAAAGAGGAGGUUCUCUCUGAGCAGCAGGAGUGGAGCUGCAGUCUGGACCAGGACCAGGAGGAGCCAGAGCCAGAGCCCCCACACAUUAAAGAAGAACAGGAGGAACUCUGGAGCAGUCAGGAGGGAGAGCAGCUUCAAGGGCUCACAUUCACUCCUGUCCCUGUGAAGAGUGAAGAAGAUGAAGAGGAACCUCAGUCCUCACUGCUUCAUCAAACACAAACUGAACAGAUAGAAACAGAAAUUAAUGGCAAGGAUUGUGGAAGAUCAGAACCAACCUGGAUCUCAGAUCCAGAACCUGAUACUGACGAUGAGACUGGAGACUCUAAUGAAGCUGAGUUUGACGUCAGUGAUGAUGAUUGGAAGGACUCAAGUUUAGAACCACUAAAAAAUGAUGAAGUCCCUCUCAGUGAUUCCAGAUGUGGUGCUGGUGUGAAACCAUUCCGCUGCUCUGAGUGUGGGAAAAGGUUUGGCACCAUCGGACAUCUGAAGAGGCACAUGAGAAUGCACACAGGAGAAAAACUUUUCAAUUGUUCAGUUUGUGAUAAAAGAUUGUUGUGCAUGGCAGAUCUUAAAAUACACAUGAGAUCUCAUACAGGAGAGAAACCAUUCAGCUGCUCUGUUUGUAAGAAGUCUUUUGCACAGAGUGGAAGUUUACAGACACACAUGAGAAUCCACACAGGAAUGAGACCUUUCAUCUGCUCUGUUUGUGAGAAAUCUUUUACACAGAGAGCACAUUUACAGUUACACAUGGCACAUCACACAGGAGAGAAACCAUUCAGCUGCUCCGUCUGUGAGAAAUCUUUUGCACUGAGGGGACUUUUACAGAGACACAUGAGAAUCCACACAGGGGAGAAACCUUUCACCUGCUCAGUUUGUGAAAAAUGUUUUUCACGGAAGGAUGAUCUGAAGAGUCAUAUGAUAACUCAUACAGGAGAAAAACCAUUCAAUUGCUCAGUGUGUGGUAAACGGAUAUUGAAAAAGUCAAAUCUGAAGAGACACAUGAUAACGCACACAGGAGAGAAACCAUUCAGCUGCUCAUUUUGUAGUAAAGCUUUCACACAAGCAGGAAGUCUGGCACAACAUUUGAGCAACCACACAGGAGACAAACGAUUCAGCUGCAGUGUUUGUGACAGAAGAUUCACCUGGUACACCAGUCUCAAAAACCAUCGGCGUGUCUGUCCUCAGUCCUCACAGCUUCAUCAAACACGGACUGAACCAAUGGAAACAGAAGCUGGUGGAGAGGACUGUUGAGGACCAGGACCAGACAGGAACUCAGAUCCAGAUCAACAUUUACAACCUGAUACUGAUGACAAGACUAAAAACUUUUCUGAACCUGAGACUGAUAACAGUGAUGAUAAUUGAACCUCAGUCAAGUUUAAUCUCAAUCUUGAUCUUUCAGUGUUCCCAUGAUCUUGGAAAAGUCAUGGAAUGACUUGUAGAAUUCUUAUUUUUUGUUUGUUUGUUUUGGAGAAGUGAUUAAUGAAAUAAUCUUCUGUGGAUGACUUUCCACCUAAUGUAACAUAAUAAUACUUGUUUGUAGCUGUAGAAGUAAUGUAGCACUAAUAUACUUUGUUUUCUCCCCGUGGUCCGAUUUGCAUUAACAACUGCAAAUGUUGAAUGAUUUUUCUGUUUCAGGCAUAUUAAUGCAUGAGUGUGCAUGUGUACAGUAACGUC